AUGGCGUCAACUGCCACGAUCGUCGACCCGUUAAGCCGCUGCAGCGCCAACGCCGAGCUCUAUCGCGACGCGGAUGGCGAGCGCUGGAGCUUCAUGUUGAACUUAACGGACAUUUCCUACGGCAUCUACGGCAACAAUAAAUUCUACAUGGGGCAGCUCAUCAUAGACCGCGGACGCUUCGUGGUCUUCCGCAAGUGGGGCCGCGUGGGGGCCAAGACGCCACAGUCGAAGACAGAGUACUUCAGCAGCACAGAAUCGGCCGAACAUGCCUUCCAGAAGGUCUUUCAGGCCAAGAGCGGCAACAAGUGGCCGCUCACGGAGCCUUUCGUCCGCAAGAAAGGCAAAUAUUUCCUCGUCGAGCUGGACGACGGAGAACCGGAUGGAUCUUCUGCAGAUACAGAAGCAACGGUGGAGGAGAAGCAUGCUGUGGCGUCCAAACUGUCCCAAGAAGUGCAGAAUAUCGUCCAGCUUAUUUGCGAUCCAGAGGUGGUGACGCGAGAAAUGGCCAGCUUGAACGUGGAUCUGAAGCGCUUUCCACUCGGUAAACUGUCGAAGGCGCAGAUCUCGCAGGGCUACGAGAUCCUACAGCGUCUUUCGGCUGCUUUGGAGGAGAUUGGGCAGCUGUCAAAGGGCGAAGCAGCAGCCAAAACAACCAAAGCUGGUGCGAAAAGCAGACGAAAGGCCAGGGCGAAAGCGAAGGGACCAACUGCGGCAACCACCAGAAGUCUAUCGGCUCUUCAAGCAGAGCUCAAGUCGCUCUCCAGCGAGUUUUACUCGCUCAUUCCGCACGAUUUCGGUCGCUCCCUGCCACCGGUGAUCGGUACAUUGGCAGAUCUCAAAUUGAAACUGGAACUGCUCGAAGUGCUGUCGAAUCUCGAGAUCUCGCAGAUGCUGCAGAAGAAAGAAGCGAAAAAAACCAGUGGAACUGCGAUCCAUCCGCUCGAUAUGCACUACAAUAUGCUCAACACGAGCAUGGAACCUCUGGAAAAGAGCGGCCAAGAGUACACGAUCAUCGAGAAGUUUAUCCAGAAGACUCACGGUGGUAGCAAGCUCAAUGUCAACACGAUUCUCAAGAUUGCUCGUCCGGACGAAGAAGCUCACAAGGACGUUCUAGGAUCGUUGGACAAUCACAUGUUGCUGUGGCACGGCUCGAGACUGUCCAAUUUCGUCGGUAUUCUAUCGCAGGGACUGCGUAUUGCCCCACCUGAAGCUCCAAAGAACGGAUAUCAGUUUGGCAAAGGACUGUACUUUGCCGAUGCGUUGGCGAAAUCUGCGAACUACUGCUGUACCACGACCAAGAACCCAACGGCUGUGCUUCUGCUCGCUGACGUCGCACUGGGUACGCCGUACAAGACGCCAAGCGGCCAGUUUCUGGACUACAAAAUGGUGAAGAACGAGCGCGGAUGUGACAGCACGCACGGACUUGGACGCAUGGCUCCGGCGGAAAACGAGUUCGAGACACUGCCCGACGGCGUGGUUGUGCCUGCCGGUACGCUGCAGCCUGUGGAUGGCAACCAGUAUUUGCUGUACAACGAGUUCAUCGUGUACCGCCGCGAGCAGGUCCAGCUGCGCUACCUCGUAGCUCUGGACUUCCAGAACGUCGCAUGCGCCUGGUAA